CUUCUUUUUUAUUUAAAAAAGAAAAAAGAAAAAAAAAUGCCAAUUAUGGAGUAUUAUUUAUUUAUUUGUAAACAUUUAUAAAUUGAAAAUAGGAACAGUUAUUUUAGUUGCCCCCUCCACGUGUUAUGUUCAACGGCAGCACGUGGUUACACGCGCCGACUACAUUCUCUGGCAUUUCCGGCCACAUCUGUCAUCCAACGCCGUGUAAACUCGCCGGCGAUCACUUUCUGAUGGCAUAUUCCGUCCGAAUCGCCGUCGUCGGCGACGUCCAUGAUGAUUGGAACCUAGAAGAAGACAGGAAGGCUCUUCAGUUCUUGAAGCCGGAUUUGGUGCUCUUCACAGGGGAUUUUGGGAAUGAAAAUGUGGAUCUAGUCCGAAGCAUUGCAGAUCUAGAGAUGACCAAAGCUGUUAUUCUGGGGAACCAUGAUGCAUGGAAUACUCAAAAGUUCUCUGGAAGGGAAAAAGAUGCUGUGCAACUUCAGCUGGAAUGUCUUGGUGAUGAGCAUGUUGGUUACCGUCGGAUGGAUCUCCCUAUGCUGAAACUCAGUGUUGUUGGUGGACGACCUUUUUCUUGUGGUGGCAGGCCCUUAUUUCGGAAACAGCUUCUCAAAGCAAGGUAUGGGGUCCGUGAUAUGGAUGGGAGUGCUGAGAGAAUCUUACAAGCUGCCAUGGGCACUCCAGAGGAUCAUUCAAUAAUAUUCCUUGCUCAUAAUGGUCCAACAGGACUAGGUGCUAACGUGGAUGACAUCUGCGGAAGAGAUUGGUUUGUUGAUGGUGGUGAUCAUGGCGAUCCUGAUCUAGCGCAAGCCUUAGCCCAAUUAAAAGAGGCUGCUCCAUAUUCGGUCCCAUUGGUCAUCUUUGGUCACAUGCACAAACAGCUUGCUUCUGGUAAUGGCCUUCGCAAAAUGAUAGUGGUCGGAAAUAACAACACCAUAUACUUGAACGGAGCCAUUGUUCCCCGGGUCAGACCCCCAUCCUUGACAGCAGAAUCCGAAGGCACAUCACGAGCAUUUACCAUCGCAGAAGUUUCAAAUGGAAGAGUCGAGAAGAUAGCAGAAACUUGGGUUUCUGUUACUGGAGACAAAACAAGAUUAGAGGAGGAACAUAUACUCUUUAGUAGUCCAAACAGAGGCUCUGUCCAUGCCUCUCUUUUGUAAUCGGAGCAUUUUGUAUACCGAUGAACAACACAAUGUGAAUGUAUAUCCGGACAAAUUUGUAUAUGUAACAUUAUCAUGAUCGUCAUUUUCUCAAGACCCCGCUUGUGGGAUUACACUAA